GCGCGCGCCAUUGGUGGGCGCCUCCACUGCCACAAUCUGGCCUCUAUUUAACAAGGCUCCUUGCGCCACCAUCCAACUCAUCACUCACCACCGCACCACACCACACCACACCAGAGCGCGCAGCUCGAUCGAUCGCGUCUGGAGCUCACAAAUUAAUCGCAGAUGGUUUCAUGUGUGCUAGGUGCUUAGCGCAUUAGCGGCUGAUCGAGGUUGGUACGAUUUGGGUGCGGUGCCACAUGUUGAGUGGACAGACGGCGAUUAGUGGUAGCAGCAGCAGCCUCGCCGUCGUCGUCUUCGAGCAGGGGAGCGGGAGCCGGGAGGAGACCAGCUGGGAGCGGCAGCAGCGGGUGAUCGAGGAGGAGGGGGAGCCGGAGUUCAGGGACAUCCACGCGGUGAGCCCGCCGCGGGCGCUGACGUCGUCGUACCGCCGGAGCCGGCCGGGGAGCAGGGACUCGUGGGGGUCCGCGGCGGGAGCAGGAGGGAGCAGGCACACGUCGAUCCGCUCCAUCGGGAGCGACACCGCCCCCAGCGAGCCCUUCCCUAGUAUGAGCAGGGAGUUCUCCGCUAUGGUCGCCGCAGCAGCCAGCGUCAACGCCGCCUCCGCCGCAGCAGCGGCUAACGGGAACGAGCAUGUAGCCAACGGCGCCGGGGACGUCGACGGGCUGGGGAGGAUUGGGGAGGAGGAGCUGGAGGAGACGAACCCGCUGGCCAUCGUGCCGGACAACAACCCCAUCCCGUCUCCGCGCCGGGCGACGACGCCGCGCCCGGUGACCGGCGGCGAGGUGGUUGUGGCCGGCGCGGGACAGGGCGACGAGGUGUCGGUGGGGCAGGUCAAGAAGGAGGAGGUGGAGUGCAAGAUCGCCGCGUGGCAGAUCGCCGAGGUCGCCAAGGUCAACAACCGCUUCAAGCGGGAGGAGGUCGUCAUCAACGGAUGGGAAGGCGACCAGGUCGAGAAGGCCAGCGCAUGGCUCAACAAGUACGAGAGGAAGCUGGAGGAGAAGCGGGCCAAGGCGAUGGAGAAGGCGCAGAACGAGGUGGCCAAGGCCCGGCGGAAGGCGGAGGACAAGCGCGCGUCGGCGGAGGCCAAGAGGGGCACCAAGGUCGCGCGCGUGCUGGAGCUCGCAAACUUCAUGAGGGCCGUCGGGAGGGCGCCCACCAAGCGCUCCUUCUUCUGAACUGCUCUGCUCCUUCUCCACUAUUCUCCCGCCACUUCGCUUCUUUUUAUUUUUCUCGCCGUCGUUGGAUCGUUCACCGCUUCGCUUCGCCGGACCAGUGCUCUGCUGCUCCUGCGACUGCUGCUUGCUGUGUGGAACUCUUGUUUUAGUGCUGUAUCCACAUGUCUGGUGUAUCAUUAUCAUCAUUUUUUUUCUUCCUUUCUUGUGUUUGAUAAGGUGUAUUACAAAGUGAGAAGUACAUAGCAUAAAAAUGUGAGAGUGUGCUCUGCCUGCUGAGCGAGUCUUAGGGCAAGAGCUGCCUGUAAUUUGUUUUGUCAUCAAGGAUUGUGUAUGUCAAUAUGAACAAGAUAAUGCACUGAAUUACUGUUCUGUGUA